UACGCCACGUGUCGACGUUCACUGCGACCAUGAUUAGUUUACUUGAUGAAUCGGAUAUACAUGAAAUUAAAUAUUAAGUUACCGCGAUCUGAAUUGACUCGUGUUGUUGCCUCGGUUUCCGUGCUAGCCUAUAACUGGCGGAUAUCAUUGCUUCCAGAUACGUGUUAACCUAGGGGCCGAUGACGGUCGCGGCUAACAUAGUUUAUAUUGCAUAAUGUGGCCCGGAGAGAUCGUAAAACAAUAAUUACCAGAGCUCGUCAACUUCUCUCGUUUAUUUCCACUAAUCCGCCUCCCGUCUGCGACCCCAUCACCUGGAUCGCCAUCGCCGUCUCUGAGAACAAAGCUUAGCUGAGGAAAUGGCGACGUCGAUACGCACUCUCCUUUCCGAGCGCCGCCAUCCGUUCCUCCUUGCCUUCUUCCUCCUCUCCCUUCUAAUCCUCCUCCUCCUCCUCUUCUCUGAUGCAUCCAGUUACCUCCCCUUUCCCAGAGAUGUCCUCCCCUCCUCCUCUUCCUCCUCCGCCCGGUUCCUCCCUUCCCCUCCGAUCUCGCUUCCCAAUCCCUGUCCGAACCCUAGCAGCGACGCCGGUGGCGAACCACUCCAAGAAGCGGCGGCCGAUGGCGACGAUGAUGGCGGCAGCGAGGGGGUUGCGGUUAGAUGGGAGAUUUGCAGGGGCGGGAAGACGUUCCAGGCCGUCGAGUACAUUCCGUGCCUUGAUAACUGGAAGGCCAUCAAGAAGCUCAAGUCGCGGCGGCACAUGGAGCACCGGGAGCGGCAUUGCCCCAAGCCCAGCCCCAGGUGCGUCGUGCCCCUGCCCCGGGGCUACAAGAUUCCGGUACCGUGGCCCAAGAGCAGAGACAUGAUUUGGUAUGAUAAUGUGCCUCACACAAAACUUAUUGAAUAUAAGAAAGACCAGAACUGGGUGCGUAAAUCAGCUGAUUAUCUUGUUUUCCCUGGAGGUGGAACUCAGUUUAAAGAGGGAGUCUCGAGCUAUAUUGAGUUCAUUGAGCAGAUUCUCCCAAUUGUUAGUUGGGGAAGACGCACAAGGGUUAUCCUUGAUGUUGGUUGUGGCGUUGCAAGCUUUGGUGGAUAUUUGCUUGAUAAGGAUGUCAUUACCAUGUCAUUUGCCCCAAAAGAUGAGCAUGAAGCUCAGAUACAAUUUGCAUUAGAGCGGGGCAUUCCUGCUUUUCUUUCAGUAAUUGGAACUCAAAGGCUUGCAUUUCCAGAUAAUGUAUUUGACUUGAUUCAUUGUGCACGAUGUAGGGUCCACUGGGAUGGAGAUGGUGGGAAACCAUUAAUGGAGCUUAAUAGGAUUCUUAGGCCUGGAGGUUUCUUUGUGUGGUCUGCAACACCUGUUUACCGUGACGAUGGAAGGGACCAAGCUGUCUGGAAUGCUAUGGUGGCAUUGACAAACUCAAUUUGCUGGAAGACAGUUGUGAAAUCUACAGAUGCGUCAGGAAUUGGAGUUGUGAUAUAUCAGAAACCUGUCACAAAUACCUGCUAUGAGGAAAGGAAAGAAAAUAAUCCACCUUUGUGCAUUGAGAAAAAUAGACCCAGUAUCUCAUGGUAUGUCCCCCUUGACAGUUGUCUCCCAAGGAUCCCAGUUUUAAGCUCAGAUCAACAAGACAAUUGGCCAACUUUCUGGCCUGACAGACUUAAUAGUAAGUCAUCAAGUCUAUCAGAAGAACAGAGUAACAAAUAUGCUGAAGAAAAGUUUAUCGUCGACAUGAAACUUUGGGAAAAGCUUGUAACCGAAGUAUGUUUUCAUGAUCUUGCUAUCAACUGGUCCAAUAUCCGUAAUGUGAUGGAUAUGAACGCUGGCUUUGGAGGAUUUGCAGCAGCACUUGUAAACUGGCCUCUCUGGGUAAUGAAUGUAGUACCUAUUGAUGGUCCAGAUACCUUGCACAUUAUCUUUGACAGAGGGCUCAUUGGAAUAUACCAUGACUGGUGUGAAUCUUUUGAUACAUAUCCUCGGACAUACGAUAUGCUGCGUUCGACUUUUCUUUUUGAGAAUUUGACAGAGAGGUGUGACAUUUUAGAUGUAGUGGUAGAAAUGGAUCGUAUACUGAGGCCGGGUGGAUGGGUUUUCAUUCAGGACACCACGGAGAUGAUAAAAAAGAUGCGUCCCAUACUACACUCUCUUCAUUGGGUCACCUCCCUUUAUAAACAGCAUAUUCUUGUUGGUAAAAAAGGUUUUUGGCACCCUGACAGCGAGGUAUCUACAUAAUAAGAUCGAGACGAUUACAUAAAAUCAACUUUUGGUCAAAGCACACAUUGAUUUUUCCUCUUGGUACCAGUUGAUCUUUCUCGACAGGGUUUCUAGGAGAAGUCAAUAUCAUACCUCCAUAUAGAGUUCUUGCCUAGAUUCAUUGUCCUCAUGUCUAGAGGAUGAUUACUUUGGCUCAAUUAAGUCAGAGAGCCUUGCUAAUUACUGCAUUGAGCAGUUUCAGAUGAAAUGAUAAAUUUGUGCUCAUUUUGUUCACAUUGAUGCUAUAUUGUUGUGGGCUGAUAUUUUCAGAUAAUUGAGCAUUUUUUCAUUCACUUAUUUCAUGUAAUUAGGGCCAAGGAGUCAUAUGGUGAUGAUUCACUCCUUCAAAAAAAAUAUUUCCUUGUAUUGAA